AUGGCCGAGUCGAUUGCCGAAGCCGAUGCGCAUGCAGCUCAAGCUGCCGAGGAGCAAGCGGGAAAGGCAAACACGGGGGCGUCGCCCGCGUUGGUGCAGGUGCGAAGGGCACCGAUUGGACAUGCGAUGCCAAUUUGGCAAGCGGCGCCGAACCUCAAAAUAACGGAAGAAUGCAUUGGGCAAAUGCAGGUGGAAAAUGGACCGCUCGCGAUGCGGCUGGAGGAUGUCCACAGUCUGAAGUUGACGCGCCGUUUGCGGGUGCUGCAGCAACUUGACUCGCGACUGAAGGACUGGGGGUGGACACCGGCUUUGCGUGAGCUGGUGGAGCGAUUUUAUACUCUGUUCUGCCGGAUCGGGUUGUUUGAGAUCCAGGUUAUCUCGCAGUCCGCGUUCAAAUUCGGCAUGCUCUUGACGUAA